UUUUCCCUUCACCGUUGAGUUCAGUGACUACAGUGUGGAAAACUACUACUUUUUUUUUUUUUAGAGUGCGCGAAGGCAACACCGCUCAAAGUGUCAGAUGAAAAGAAAAGAGAAAGUAGUUGCGUUUCCGCCGGGUUGCAUCAGCAGCAGUGAGCCAAAAGCGAGCGCGCCUCAGUACACGUCACACAUCGUUGGCGCGGAUGGGUCACGGUGCCGUGGGGUGAUGAGGACAUGUCCAUCAGCCAGGAACACCCGCUCCGAGUCCACCAGCACCGGGUCCUCUGGAUCGGAGGACAUGGUGAAGAAUGUGGGACAAAGAGGGAGCAAAAGAAGACAGAAGAACAGAGAUGCAGCGAGGAAGAGCAGAAAAAAGCAAACACAAAAGGCGGAUGAGCUCCAUGAGGAGCUACAGCAUCUUGAGCUGGCUAAUACAGCCCUGGAGAAGGAGAUCGCCGCGCUGAGGAGGGAGCUCCACUUCUACACGGUGACGUUGAAGCACCACGAGCCUCGCUGCACUCUGACGUCUGUUUCGUCCUUACCGACUGCCAACUCUGCCUCAACGGAUCAUCAAAACACUUCUAGUUCAGCUUCACCCCUGUUGUGUUCUACCUCCAUCGCCCUGACUGAUGGAGGCAGAACACCAGAUGGUGUCAAAAGUCCUCUCACCUUGACUUCAAGUGUUGCUCCAACAACUACAAACUCUGAACACUUCUCCGUCUCUUCUGUCCCAGUGUCUCAUUCCUUGUUGAGCAAACAACUUCCCCUUUCUCCUCCUAGCAUUAGCCCAAGUCUAGGACACGCUUCUGUUACAUCCAUCUCUGUCCAGUUGAUUUCAAACCCUGUACCCUCAACCGUCUUCACAACUCUUACGCCCAAGUCAGAUGAAACAUCGACCAAUAAAAAUUCUUCAUUGACAGCAAAUACAACAGAUUCUCUCUCGUCCUCCCACAGUGAUGUUUUUGCAUUUAAUUCCAUCACAUUGGGUAACUUUCCAGAACCGUCCUCCAUUCCAGCUUCCAGUCAAGAUGUGUCAAACAUUCUGCCCUUUUAUUCCCCUUUAGUACCUUCAACUGCAGAAACCGUAGGUUUAGGUGCAGAUGAUUGCUGUAUGAACGCGUUGCAUCUUCAGUCAAAUCAGUUCAACAGUACUCCAGUAGAUUCAAGUCCGCCGUAUACUCUUUGGACAUUAAACCCUCAAGAUACUGGUCUUGGCACUCUUUCACUUACCUCCCAGAUGGGCCCGAAUCCAUCCUCUGGUCUUGCCUUUGCAUUAAAACCAAGUUAUAGCCAAGAAAUUACCCCGAAUCUUCCACCACUACUUUCACUCCUCACAACGCCAAGUCCGCUUACCGACCCGUUGACUACCUCCACCAGCUUUAAUGGACCUCCAUUAAUGUGUGGCCCAUCAACAGAUACCUCCUUUUCUGAGCUCCUAGAGGACAAUGAUUGGAUACUUUGUGGGGGUGGUAAGCCAUAGCACUACAUUUCAAGUUGCAAAAAAAAACCCCAAAAGCAGGGCCAUCUUCCAUGUUCCAAAGCAUUAAUUUAAGAGGUUGGUCCACAUCUUUUGAACAGUUCAGAUUCACGUGGCCUCAAAUCCUCCUGAAGAGUACGACACCAACCGUAUUCCAUAAGAAGCGCUGCGCAGCUCAUUAGGACUAAAAAUACAGCAGACUUUGUGAGUUAAAACAAGUAUGUUUAUAUCUGAUAACCAAUUGAUGUUAAUGUAUGCAUAAGUGAUUAGGUCCAAACAGCUCAACAUAUGUUUGGAGUUCUGAGUUCAGAUUUUUGAUUUUGUUUAAUUGUGGUGAAAAGCACAGACCAGUUGUUAAUUGUUGGAACAGCUGAUUUUUUUUUAUUUUUUUAAGCUACAGUGUGUAGGAUUUAUUGAAAUAUUGUAAAUAGCACUCAUAACCCUUUGUUUGACCAGCAACAAUGAAUCGAUGUUUUCACGAGGUUACAAUGAGCUCUUCAUAUCGAGGUGAGAGUGCGCCCCCUAAUGGAGGCCACCAUGUUGCUAAAGUAACCCUAAGGGGAUGCACUUUUGCGUUUUUGCAGCGCGGCCACAACACUGAAGAAAAAAAAGGAGUGGAACUGGUGCUUGUGCGCACUGUGCACUAUCUACUCUACUGGCUGCCAGUAGAGUGUGAAUGCAAUUUAUUUUUGGUAAUCGCCACAUUUCUGCUACUUUACAGCAGACGGUAAGCUGACAUGGUGUAUUCGACAACUGAUGGACUGUAUUAAAGUUAAUGCUAACUGCAUUAUCAUUAUUGUUUGCGCUAUUAUGUACUCUGGUCCUGGCAGCGGUUAGCGUCUUCUUUCAUGCAGCCCAUUGGUAGUCAAAUGUACCAAUGUCUGGAAUACAUAGUGACACAUGAUGCGACACUGGUAGAAAUCUGACAGUUCACGGAAACCUUUUGACCCUGCGUUAGUCUUCUGUAAUUUUUCCUCAGAAUCCAAGUGUAGCCAGAAGAUAUGACCCCUUUAAGGUUUUUAAAAUACGAGUAAUAAAAGGUCCUCACACACAGUUAGAUCUCAGCAGCCCAAUGAAACCAUAAUCUACACCUUUCUUGGUGGUUUAUACACCUGUAAUCACUGUUAUUGCAAACUGCGCAUGCGGGACGAUGGACUGAAACCAGUGCUGAAAAUAGUUUUAUGUUGAAUUAUUAUUUUGUUACAUGAGUGUGUGUUGCGGGUGGGGGGUGGUUAUAUCCCGACUUCACUGACCUGUGCACCUAGUGCUGCAGAUAACAGUCCUUAUUUGAACAAUUACACAGGGGUCAAAAUUAAAAGAUGCUCCAAUCAUAAUGAAAACUACACCACAUUAUUUGUCUGAUCACAAAGAUUCCAAAAAGGUAUAGUUUGGACUAUCUGUGACUGAAUGUUCUGGAGUUAUGGGUUAAAAACAGCAAAAAUGGUGACAAAGGUCAAUUUCAGUUUGUACAGGGGUCAAAAGUUUAAGUUGCUCUAAUUGUGGUAAAAAGUGUUCCAAAUUAUUGGUUGAGUUAAUAGGGUUUUAAAAAGGAAUAGUUUUCACCAUGGGUCAUGCUUGGUUAUCAUGUUAUGGGGUAACAUAUGUCACAUGCUAUAGAAUCCAAU